ACAAAAGCGAAAACGUUCCGUGUUUUGAGACAUAUUUUUGUUGUACUACACACGUACUGCAAUAACUACAUUGAUUCUGUUUCUUGCAGCGAAUGGUUAGAGGAGGCAUCACCAAAGCAAACUCGUUGCUUCUCGGGGCAGCUAAGAGAGCAAAGAGUGGACUUAGCAAAUUCUCAGGCACUGCUGCUGCAGAAAACUCUGGAGGAGUUAAGAGUGGUGGGAAGAUAGAGGGUUCAUCGGAUUGGUGGGUCCCACACCCACGCACAGGAAUUUACUUCCCAAAAGGGCAUGAGUGGGUGAUGGAAGAUGUUCCAGCAGAUGCAGCUCGUUUAAACCAGACUUAUUGGUUCAGAAAUGUUGAUGGUGUGGACAAAUAAUCACGAACACCAACCUUAAUUAAUCUGUGUUACAUCAAGAUUGGUCAGACCACAUGAUACAGACCAUGUAUUAAUCUUUGAGACAACUAGUUUAAGGGCAAUUCAGUGGUACAAGAAGUAGUGAUGACUUUUUAAGCAUGCAUAAUGAUUAUAUGUAUCGUAAGUUUAUUAA